UAAGUAAGUCUCACCGGAACAUGUUUCCGUUUUACACCCGUUCCGGUUUCGUUAUUAUCCUGCUGGGAAUCCUCGUAAGUCAACCUCGGGUCCUGGUGGUUGUUCAAGCCCAGGGCAAUAAUUACGUCAAUGAGUAUACCUGGGGAACGCUCGCGGCAACCAACACGAUCUGCUUUUCCGAUUCCAUCAAUGUUUGGAGUCUGAUUCGGAUAGCGUCGAAAGUGUUUUCAUUCACACCCGCCACCGCCAUCACGUUCAUACGAUGCUGGAACAACCUACCACUGCAUCCUUUCAUGGCCACCGUCACUUCCGGUGGUGUCGGAUCAACAGCACUUACCACCAUCUCGUUGGGUUCGUAUCACCACGGCAAGCUGGUGGUGCAGUGUCAGGUGUACUGCACUUAACGGGAUAGUACCGGGAAUAGCUUGUUUUGUAUGGUUAAGAUUUUUGUUAAUAAAAUAUUUUGAUACAA